UGGGCUACUCCCAGAAUAGCAGCGUGUAAUGGGGAGCCUCAGAGGAAAAAAGAUGGCUGAAGGAGUUUCACCUAUAAUUCGGCAAAUAAGUAAGGAGUGCAGGCAAUCCGGAACUUCAUCUGCAGGUAUUAAUCUCAAAGAAGUCGGGGACCUUUUAAUUUACGAUCGGCAUGGCUUCCCUAUCCCAUUCAAGAGCCUGUAUCAAGACGGGAAGUCGGUCAUAAUUUUCGUUCGGCGUGAAGAAAACGGACUCAUCUCUCACAUGUUCCUGCAGAAUUUUUUAUGCUACAGCUGUAAAGAGUACGUGGAUGAUUUGAGCAAAGUUCCCAGAGGAGUUCUGAGGGAUGCCGGAGUUCGGCUCAUUGUGAUUGGUCAGUCUGCUCAUCACCACAUAGAGCCUUUCUGCUUGCUGACGGGGUAUCCUCAUGAAAUGUAUGUGGAUCCAGAGAGGCGCAUUUACCAAAAACUUGGAAUGAAAAGAGAUGAGAAAUUCACAGAUUCUGCACACCCCAGCCCUCAUGUUAAGUCUGGCUUGUUUCUGGGCCAGAUGAAGAGCAUAUGGAGGGCCAUGACGAGUCCCAUGUUUGACUUUCAGGGCGACAUGUAUCAGCAAGGCGGAGCCAUCAUCGCAGGACCUGGGCCUCAUGUUCACUUUUGGCAUUUUGACAUGAACCGUCUGGAUCACAUGCCCAUCGAUUGGCUCCUUCAGCUCGCCGGAGUUGAACAGACACUGGACUUCAGCGAUACACCAAAAGUUAUCCAUGUAUAGCAAUCUCUCUGCCAGGGUGAGAUUUUUAGACAGGCGCCGGGUUGUUUGGUGUGCCCAAUCAUAAUUUGGAAUCUGUGGAUUUUUAAUGAGCAGUGCCUGGUGGUUUCAUUCAGGGAAAUGUUGAUCUAGCCCGGCAUUGCCAGGCGAACGGACGCUUGAGUUUAAGAAACUUCAAUUUGGGGUAUUCCUGAACUAGAUUGUUAUUCCUGAACUAAAUUCACAACAGAGUGGCUUGUUCUAACUCCCACACUGAGUCAUAACAGCGCCUUUUCGGGAACCCCUGAAGACAGAUAACAGACAUGUGAAAUUGUACAAUUUGACCUGGACCAUGACUUCUCCAAACUGCAACUGAGUAGUUUUUGUGCUCACAGAAGGAAACUGUAAGUAUAUUGGUUUUACCCACAAACAAAGUACGUUUGUUGGCCUGGAACAUUUAGCUUUUCUGUUGAAUUCGAGCUAUGCCAAAGGACACUAAAGCCCUCUCUCAUUUUAUAAAAAAGUCCCACCAACACUCAAAACAGGCUUUUUUUUUCACUGAGAGAGGCAACUGCAGGAAUUCUUUGGGUCGAAUAUGUAUGAAGUAUUCAUCUAUGACAGAGAGUUCUUACCGGCAUUGAUCAAAAGUAAACUCCUGGUAUCUUACUUUGAGGAAACUAACAGAAUUCUAGACUAUACAAACAAAGAGAUGUAGUGAUUCAAUCUUUAGGGUCUGUAUUGGAACUAUUAGCUCAGUCUUUCCUGUUUGGUCUCACUCAUCAGAAAUAUUGGCCCUCUUUAAAAGUCACCUAACACUUUCCAAUAGAAAUCAUCCCUGUUUAUAGAAUGUGAUAUGUUUGGUAGCAGAGAAGUGGGGGGAAACAUUUUGCAUUAAAAAAAAUAAGAUAGUCAGUUGCCUUGUUGUAAAUUUUGUGAUUUUGUGAUAGAUUUUGAUGUAUAGAUGAGCUGUCAAAUCCUCAGAUAUUAUGAUACACAUACUGAUGAUCACAAUUUUUCAGUUUAGUCUCAAACUCUUAAAUCCCACUGCAUACUAUUUGGUUACUAUUUUUCCAUUCAUUUUUA